AUGGAUAGGAUUAAAGGGCCAUGGAGUCCAGAAGAAGACGAGGCGUUACAAAAACUAGUUCAAAAACAUGGUCCAAGAAACUGGUCAUUGAUAAGCAAGUCAAUCCCUGGUAGAUCAGGAAAAUCAUGCAGACUCCGUUGGUGCAACCAGCUCUCACCUCAGGUCGAGCACCGGGCCUUCUCUCCCGAAGAAGAUGAUACGAUAAUCCGAGCCCACGCUCGUUUCGGCAACAAGUGGGCUACAAUUGCCCGUCUCCUCAACGGGCGGACCGAUAACGCCAUUAAAAACCACUGGAACUCCACUCUUAAACGCAAGUGCUCUUCAAUGGCAGAUGAUGGUAAUUUCUGCACUCGUGAAGGGUAUGAUGGUAAUUUGGAUGGUGACGAUACGCAGCCGUUGAAGAGGUCGGUGAGUGCAGGUUCUGGUGCUCCUGUUUCCAUGGGGCUCUACAUGAGCCCGGGCAGCCCCUCUGGAUCUGACGCCCGUUGCCCGAACCGGGGGGUUUUGCCUCCAGCUGAAACGACGUCCUCGUCUGAUAACAACAACUACAACAACGACCCACGUACCUCGCUGAGUUUAUCUCUACCCGGUGCGGAUUCCUCUGAGGUAUCCAAUCAAGUCGCAGAGCCAACUCAGAACAGAGUCACCGAGCCAACUCAGCAGCCCAAAUCGAAUACAGUGACACCCUUUUUGGCGGCGGUAAAUCCACCAGCUCAGGUGGCGGCCCCGGCAAUGGCGGGUCUGUCGGGUUGUGGUUUUGUCGGGUUCAGUACAGAGUUUAUGACGGUGAUGCAAGAGAUGAUAAGGAAGGAAGUGAGGAAUUACAUGAUGGAACAGAGUGGUGGUGUAGUUGGGGGUAUGUGUUAUCAGGGUAUGAGUGGAGAUGGGUUUAGGAAUGUUGCAGUGAAUAAUAGGGUUGGGGUUGGUAAGAUUGAGUAG